UACAGGGGCGUCCGGAGGGGCGGCCUCUUCCCGCUCAGUCCUAAAUUUUCGGAGAAACGAAACCACCGCCGCUGCGCCCGCCCCGCGGUGCCUCCACCUCCCAAACCGCCGCAGGUUCCCCAGGUGUCGCCGACAGUGUCGCCGAGCCCCACAGAUGCAUAAGCCACUGCCGCCGUACGAGAUCCUGCCGGGGGAGGUGAGCAUGGAGGAGAUGCCCCGGCCCACGACGGAGGUGUCCCAGAGCACCACGGUGGUGGUGGAGGAGCCGCCGCCGCCCCGGGACCACCUCGUGUGGUCCCUCUUCACCACCCUGUACGGCAAUUUCUGCUGCCUCGGCUUCCUGGCGUUCUUCUUCUCCGUCAAGGCCAGGGACCGCAAAAUGCUGGGUGACAACAGCGGCGCACUGAGCUACGGCUCCACGGCCAAGUGCCUCAACAUCACGGCCCUGGUGAUCAACAUCGUCAUCGUCAUCACCGUCGUCGUCGUCGUCGUCGUGGUCACCACCGGAGCAGUGCACGCCGGGCGCUCGUACGGGCCCAGCCAUUUCUCCGGCCCCAUUUAGUCCCCUCCUCAUCCCGCGGGCUCUGCUUCCCUGCCCGGAGCUCUCCUCACCUCUGGGAGCCGGGCAGUGCCCUGCUGUCACAGAAACUGCAAAAUGGCCAUCCACGUGCCUCACCCGGAGCCUGCUGCUGUCCUGUCCAUGUUCCCUCCCCACUCGGAGCUUUUGUGGGGCCCUUGCUGGUGGGUGACCUGGCUGGAGGUGUCUGGGGAUGGACAGCGCUCCCCAGAGAGGAGCUGAGCAUCCCCGACCCCCACGCAUUCCCACACAUCCUGCUUGCUGCUUUGCUCGGAGUCUGGAGCGCCGGCUGCCUCAAAACAAUUCUGAGAAAAAAAGCACCUGGUUCAGAGAAACCCUGGUCCUUGAAAUAAAGGUUCCUUUUUUCUUUUGCCUCA